AUGCAGCAGCCAAAGGCAGACUGGUCUCAACUGCCGAAGGAGCUCCUCCAUCAGAUAUCGGAACGCCUCGACAGCCCACUCUACCUCCUCCGCUUCCGUUCUGUUUGUUCCUGGUGGCGCUCCUCCUCCACCCCGCUCUUCCCCCUCCACAAAGCUUCCUCCUACUUCCUCUCCAAAUGCACCAUCUUCCUCAUCAUGCCACCCCCACACCAUCCAAUCCAAACCCCCAUCUUAGUCCAAAUCGGCCAAGACCGUCGUGGCCGACUCCUCCUCUCUAACCCCCUUUCUUGUUCCCCAAGCUUCCCCAUCUACUGCUCCCGCGUCCUCGACCUCUACAACCUCCCCGUCAUUGAUCUCGGAAACGUCUUCGUCCUCCACCGCUCUCCUCCUGCUCAUCGUCCCUGCCACCGCUACUCAAUUGUUAUGACAAAGGUGGCAGCGGCGAUCACUGUCUCGUGUCAGGGAAAGCAAGAGGUUUCUAUCUUGCUCAUGGUUCACCAAUCCCAGAAUAAGCUCACCUACUUCCGGUUCAGCGAGGGGUGCUGGACAAUCACCCCGGAAGAGUUCCCGCCCUACGACGACGUAUGUGUCUUCAACGGCCGGCCCUGCGCUGUGCACUUCGCCGGUCGGACCGUCGCAGUUGGGUCAGGGCCGGACCUGGACCUGGUCGCCAAGCCGGUGUUAGGCAAGAACAGGAAGUUCUUGGUUGAGAGCGAGGGAAGCCUGUUGCUGGUGCACAAGCGGAGGAUAUUCACAUACCAAGUGUUUAGGCUUGACGAGAAGGAGAGGAGUUGGGUGGAGGUGAAGAGUUUAGGGGACCGAGUUUUGUUCUUGGGGGAUUUGUGCACAUUCUCUGCUUCCGCUUCGGAUUUGCGCGUUGACAGGGGGAACUGUGUGGUCUUUGAAGAUUCUAACAUGAAAGGUGGAGUUGGUGUUUUUCCUUUGGAUGUAGGUCAGGCUUCGCCUUUGUCUGAUCAUCCUGAUUAUUCCAGGUUGUUUGAUUAUAACAGGUUGUUCUAA